AUGCUGUCGCCUCCGUCGUCGCCGCGGCGCGCGUGGGGGAGGAGGGCCUCGGCGAAGGGAGGAUGGUCGGCGGGGGCCAGCGCGGGCGCUGGCUGGGGCGGGGGCGCGGUGCGGAGGGUGGCGCGGGCGGUGCUUGCGGCGCUGCUGCGGCGGCAGGCGGUGUUCCUCUUCGCGCCACUGCUGUACGUGGCGGCGAUGCUGCUCUACAUGGGCUCCAUCUCGCUCGACAGUGUGCCCCGCAUCAUCUCGCGCCCGGCGCCCGGGUCAGUGUACCGCAGCCCGCAGCUCUACGCCCGCCUCCGCGCCGAUAUGGACGCCGAUAAUGCCACCGACGCGCUAGCAACUGUAUGGCGGCAUGCUUACAGAGGUGGUGUUUGGAGACCUUGCAUAAGCAAUAAUACCAACGGUUUGCCUGAAUCAAAUGGCUACAUAUACAUUGAGGCUAAUGGUGGUUUGAAUCAACAACGAACAUCGAUUUGCAAUGCAGUUGCUGUUGCCGGUUUUCUGAAUGCAACUCUUGUAAUCCCAAACUUCCACUAUCACAGUAUUUGGAGGGAUCCCAGCAAAUUUAGUGAUAUUUAUGAUGAGGAUUACUUUAUCCAACGCUUAAAAAAUGAUGUCCGGGUGAUUGACAAGGUGCCUGAGUUCAUAAUGGAGCGAUUUGGUCACAAUCUGAGUAAUGCAUUUAAUUUCAAGAUAAAGGCUUGGUCUCCUAUUCAGUUCUAUGAAGAUAUUGUUCUCCCUAAGUUGAUCGAAGAAAGGCUCAUAAGGAUAUCACCUUUUGCGAAUCGGCUGUCAUUCGAUGCGCCUCCUGCUGUUCAACGUCUACGAUGUCUAGCAAAUUUUGAAGCCUUAAAAUUUUCUAAACCAAUCACUACUAUAUCUAAUAUUUUAGUUUCUCGGAUGAGAGAAAAAAGUGUUGAAAACAAUGGGAAAUAUGUAGCAGUGCAUCUCCGCUUUGAAGAGGACAUGGUUGCCUUCUCUUGUUGUGUAUUUGAUGGCGGUGACAAUGAGAAGAAGGAACUGGAUGCAGCCAGGGAAAAAGGUUGGAAAGGGAAAUUUACUAGGCCAGGACGUGUAAUAAGGCCUGGAGCAAUAAGGAUGAAUGGGAAAUGUCCACUGACCCCUUUGGAGGUUGGAUUAAUGCUGCGUGGAAUGGGUUUCAGCAAUAAUACUGCAAUAUAUUUGGCUUCUGGAAGGAUAUAUAAAGCAGAAAAGAACAUGUCUCCUCUCCUUGAAAUGUUCCCUCUCUUGCAGACAAAAGAAACAUUGGCACUGGAUGAAGAACUUGCUCCAUUCAAGAACUUCUCCUCAAGGAUGGCAGCUAUUGACUACAGUGUCUGCGUUCAUAGUGAGGUUUUUGUGACUACGCAAGGUGGAAAUUUCCCUCAUUUCCUUAUUGGGCAUAGAAGAUACUUGUAUGGCGGCCAUGCAAAGACAAUUAAGCCCGAUAAAAGAAGAUUGGCCAUACUCUUUGAUAGUUCACGUAUUGGAUGGAAGUCACUGAAACGGCAAUUGUUCAAUAUGAGAGCACAUAGUGACGUGAAGGUGGACACUAAGCAAUCACUAUCAGUUCAAAGGUGGAAACCGCCUAAAAGAGAUAUUGCCAGAAUGACCAAGUAUAUGUAUAUCAUGGAGAAGGUUUUGCGAUCAGGGCUGGUCUUCCAUCUUCAUACACGCCAUCCACCAGCACUUGAAAAAGAAAGCUGGUGCUUUUACGAUUGGAUCAAGGUUUCAUCAACUAAAGCAAUCUUUCUAGAGCCAUACUCGCACCACCUUUACAGUUCAUUUGGCCAAUUUGGACACUGA